AUGGAUUGCUAUGCCUUGAGGAAUAUUUUCCAUGAUAGGGUAGCUAAGGGAGAUUUGGUUAUCAAAGCUGGGAAGAGAGCUGACCCAAGGAUGUGUAGACCAGAGGUGGCAAUGACUUUCUUCGUAGGUCGUGAGGAUCUAAUGGAAGAAGAAGCAGAGAACAUGGCUAGUAGUAACUCAACAUCGCCACCAUUGGUAGAUGAAGAAAUGGUAACGACAAUCCAACAUGAGGAUAAAAUACAUUCCUUUCUUGAAGGAAUAGGUCAUAGACCAAUGGCUAAAAGAGACACAGCCCAAGCCUUGACCAGGGUGAUGGAAAGGAAUUAUGAAGUGGCUGCUGUUGAAGGAAGGGAUGAGGAGGAUGGCGAGCCUAAUUCCCUUAAUCCAAUACAACAGCCAGAGGAAAUUCAUGUAGUUGAGGAGUUUGUGAAAGAAGCCCCUAAGUGCAUGAAUGAUGUUGUUAAGAAUGUCCGGGAAGAACUUGUUGAGGUCAAUCUAGUUGAUGAAGGAGAAGGUGAAAAAAUGGUGAAGAUCAAGGAUGGAUUCCCACUUCCUAAUGUUGAUAACCUGGUAGAUGCAGUGGCUGGUCACAAGCGUUUCUCUUUUAUGGAUGGUUAUAGUGGGUAUAAUCAGAUCCUUAUGGACCCAGCAGAUGCCCCAAAAAUUGCAUUUAGAACACCCUUUGGAAACUAUUUCUACAGGGUGAUGCCUUUCAGAUUGAAGAAUGAAGGUGCAACGUACCAAAGAACUAUGACUUUGAUCUUUGGUGAUAUGCUUCAUAAGCAGGUGGAGGAUUACGUUGAUGAUCUUGUGGUGAAGGCAAAGAAUCCUUUUGAACACUUGGUGCACCUGAGACAAGUCUUUGAAAGAUGCGGAGAGCAUAAUUUGAGGAUGAAUCCUUCCAAGUGUGCCUUCAGAGUAUCUUCAGGGAAAUUCUUGGGAUUUCUUGUUCAUCAUAGGGGGAUUGAUUUGGACCCUACAAAAGGUGAAGCAAUAACUACUCUCAGUCCUCCUACAAAUCUAAAGGAGUUGAGGAGCUUUGUGGGAAAGGUUUAUUAUUUAAGAAGAUUCAUUACAAGCCUAGCUGAGAUUUUAAAGCCUCUCAUGGAGCAGACAAAGAAAGGAGUAACUUUUGUAUGGUGUGAUCAAUGCCAAAAGUCAUUCAAGAAGAUUCAAAUAAUAUUGGCGGAUCCUCACACCAUGGUGGCCCCUAUACCUGGGAAACCCUUGCUAUUGUACAUAGCUAAUACGGAGCAAUCCUUGGGAGCAUUAUUAGCUCAGGAGCAUGAAGGGGUAGAGAAGCCAGUAUACUAUAUUAGCAAGCUUAUAAAGGGACCAAAGUUAAGAUACUCAACUGCCGAGAAAGUAUAUUUGUCUCUAGCUUUUGCUGUGACAAAAUUCAAUCAUUACUUUUUAGGACAUCGUGUGCAGCUGGUGGCUAAGAGUAAUCCUGUGAAAUAUCUCUUUACACGUCCUCAACUAUUAGGAAGAAUGGUGCAAUGGGCCAUCCUGACAUCGUGCCUUAAUAUUGAAUGCAUACGGCCAACCGCCAUCAAAGGUCAGGCAGUAGCUGAUCUGCUAGCUAACUUUCCUAGAACAAGUGAUUCUUCACCUCCCUUACAGGAAGUUAUGGUAACAGAGGAGCAGGAAUGGUCAAUGUAUUUCGAUGGGUCAUCUACGUUUCAAGGGGGAGGGAUAGUAAUCUUAAAGUCACCAGGGGAGGAGCAUAUGUUUGCCUAUAAACUACACUUCCCUUGCCCUAACAAUGAAGCAAAAUAUGAGGCCUUGUUGGUAGGGAUGAAAGCUGCUAGAAGGUUAGGCAUAAAAAAGUUGAAGGUGUUUGGUGACUCUAAGUUGGUAAUAAGACAGGUUAAGGGAAUUUACGGUGUAAAGAAUCCUAGUUUGGCUGCUUACAGAGCUGCAGUGCAAUGGAUCAUGGAACACUUUGAUUUCAUAAGAUACAAAGUGGUUAACAGAGGUGAAAAUAAGCUUGCUAACUCGUUAGCUACUUUAGCCACUAAGUCUGUAUUGAAAAAAGAAAAGAUGACACUCCGAGUUGAGAAGCAACCUGGUUUAGUUCAGGAUGAGCUAUGUUUCCCUCAAGAUUGGCGAAAACCCUUGUUAAAGGCAAUGACUCAAGGGAAGUAUGUUGGGUCAGAGUUACCGGCAAAUAUGAAAGACUUCCUCAGGAUUAAUGGAGAUUUGUUUCUCAUGGGAGCGGAAGGUUUGUUGAUGAAGUGUGUCUCAAGGUGA